UUCUUUCCAACGCGCCUCCCCUUUCGCCAUCCCAUUGGAACGCCGAAGCAGGACGUUACAGGCAGCACUUAAAGGCAGCAUUGGGUCUGAUUGACGUGUGCGUCCCGGGGCAAACGUCGUACGUGUGAAAUCUAUCCCUCCGUGGAGUCUGCUGGACUGGACGACGGGUGAAGUGGCUUUGACGUGAUCCGGCUCACAGGCGGCACAGUAAUCUGCUGCUAGCGGUCGUUCGGGUGGUGUUUUAGAGUUAGAGGCCGGUGAAGUAGUUGUACUUCGAGCAGAGAGCGGGAGGACGAGGGGAUCAGCGGCAGCAGGUGCAUUUGGAUGGCGAUAAAACUCCGCUGUCGGUUCGCCGCUUGACCUUCGGGGAAUCCUUUAAAAACACCGACUGAAGCAGUUCGUUGCAGUUGGGGAGAAGCUUACGCGUCCUUUCUGCGGAUUUCUGGAAAUAGGAUGUUAAUCCCGGGAAAAACGGCAGCGGCGCCGCGUCCCGUUUCUCUCCGCACGCGAUCAUGGAGAAAGUGAACGCGAACGUCCCCUCGACCAACUAACGGCGAGUGCUCGUUCGCGGUGGCCGUGGACUUUUGGCGUGGUUUUGGAUCCACGGUGGAACCGUGGCGUAUGUUUGACUUAGUUUGCAGCAGGAGAGGAAGCGAUGCAGAGGAGCAAAGCGACCAACCGAACCCGGACCCGAACCGCUGCCCACAGCGGAGCCAAGGACAGAGUGGACCGAGUGGAUCCGUACGGCUUUGAGCGUCCAGAGGACUUUGAUUACGACUCGUAUGAGGAGCUCAUGUCGGACUACCUGGUUGUGCUCACCCGGCGGACCAUCAAAUGGUCCAAACUGCUGAGGGGCAAGCGCAAAGUGCAGAAGAGCUUAACGUUGAAGCGUUACGUACGGAAGGGCGUUCCCAACGAGCAUCGCACCCUGAUCUGGAUGGCGGUCAGUGGUGCUCAAGACCUGCUGGAGAAGAGUCCCGGCUACUUCCAUUCGCUGCUCGGAGCCCAGCAUGACCCCAAACUGGUGGAGACCAUAUGUACAGACUUGAACAGAACGUUUCCAGACAACAUCCACUUCCGGAAGACAUCUGAGCCGUGUCUACAGAAAUCCCUGUACAACGUGCUGCUGGCUUACGGCACUCACAACCCAUCUGUGGGCUACUGUCAGGGAAUGAACUUCAUUGCUGGGUAUCUUCUGAUUAUCACAAAAGAGGAAGAGAAAUCCUUCUGGUUGAUGGACGCUCUGCUUGGCAGGAUUUUGCCAGAUUACUAUAGUCCGGCCAUGUUGGGGCUAAAGGCCGACCAGGAGGUCCUAGGGGAGCUGGUUAAAGCUAAAACUCCUGGAGUGUGGAAAACCAUGACGGAUCAGAAUGUGAUGUGGACGCUGGUGGUCUCCCGAUGGUUCAUCUGCCUCUACAUAGACGUCCUGCCAGUAGAGACGGUCCUGCGGAUUUGGGACUGCUUGUUCUACGAGGGCUCAAAAAUCCUGUUCCGCGUAGCUCUAACACUGAUCCAUCACAACCAGCUGGAGAUUCAGCAGGCCCAGUCACUGCCAGACGUCUGCCAAGCCUUCAAGCAGAUCACGUGUGGACCAUUCGUUGAUCAGUGCCACACGUUCAUGCAGAAAAUCUUCACUGAACCAGGAAGUCUCUCCAGGGCAACCUUGGCAAAGCUGCGGGAGCUUUGUCGAUCUCGCAUUGUGGCUGAAGAGUCCUGAUCCAGGACAAAACUGUUACUCAACCCAAGACACAUUCCACUGUUCAACAGUUAGCAGCUCAUUUGCACUUUUUUGUAUGAAAAGAUUUAAUAUCCCACAGACAGCUACAUGUAGGUUUUGUCUUAAUGUUGACCUUUUUACAAUUUCAUCAAAAAAUUACUUAUUGUGUACUGUAUGAAUAGUGUGUAAUUAUGUCCUUCACUCCAGAGAGUCAGAAGCUGAAGACCAGACUCCUUACGGCAAACGACAUGGCCGUGAAUGAUGUGUUGCAUGCUGUGAAUUCAGCCAUGAACCGUCUAUUGUAUUUUAUAUUGUAGUCUCCAUCACAAAAUAGAAUGAAUUAGUAAUAACUGUGGAUUAGUGGGUAGUUGACUGAUGAAUGAAGUAGAUGAACGUGUUUUGAUAAUCCAAUGUAAAUUACAGAACAAAUUGAAUUUUCUUAAUAUCUGAUACAUGAUGUUGUUUUUGUUUAGAAGCCUGUGCACUAUGGUGAUGCAACAUAAGCACAACCAAAAGGGCUGCCCUCACUUUUUCCUAUCUGUGGCGUUUCCAGUUUGUUCUGUGUCAGGGAUUCGGCUCGUACUGAUGUCAGGUUCUGUUGCACUGGACAAAAAUAACUUUGGCAAUAAUCCCAGGUGUGAGAGGUGUAAUGAAAGCUGAUUGGUUAAACAGCUGUGUGUAUUUGGAUUAUUAAGGAAAACAUAAUGCUGGAUUUUAUAUUUAUAUUAACAUUGUUGCAAAAGAAAAAAAACAGAUCAAUCCAUCUUCUAUAAAAAAUAAAAGAUUAAACCAU